CGCCUGGCCCCGCGCCGCCGCCUCGGAGCGCGCCCCGCCUCGCCCGCAGCCCGGCUCCGGCCCCGCUCGCGCGUCCUCCCGGCACCUUCGGCAGGUGACAGCAGGGACAUGUCUCGGGAGCUGCAGGACGUGGACCUCGCUGAGGUGAAGCCUUUGGUGGAGAAAGGGGAGACCAUCACCGGCCUCCUGCAAGAGUUUGAUGUUCAGGAGCAGGACAUCGAGACCGUGCAUGGCUCCAUCCACGUCACGCUGUGCGGGACCCCCAAGGGCAACCGGCCCGUCAUCCUCACCUACCACGACAUUGGCAUGAACCACAAAACCUGCUACAACCCCCUCUUCAACUCCGAGGACAUGCAGGAGAUCACACAGCACUUCGCCGUCUGCCACGUGGAUGCCCCUGGCCAGCAGGACGGCGCUGCCUCCUUCCCCGUGGGGUACAUGUACCCCUCCAUGGACCAGCUGGCCGAGAUGCUUCCUGGAGUCCUCCACCAGUUUGGGCUGAAAAGCAUCAUUGGCAUGGGAACUGGAGCAGGCGCCUACAUCCUCACUCGGUUUGCUCUGAACAACCCCGAGAUGGUGGAGGGCCUCGUCCUUAUCAACGUGAACCCUUGUGCAGAAGGCUGGAUGGAUUGGGCUGCAUCCAAGAUCUCCGGGUGGACCCAAGCCCUUCCAGACAUGGUGGUGUCCCACCUCUUUGGGAAGGAGGAAAUGCAGAACAACGUGGAGGUGGUCCACACUUACCGCCAGCACAUCGUGAAUGACAUGAACCCCGGCAACCUGCACCUGUUCAUCAACGCCUACAACAGCCGACGAGACCUGGAGAUCGAGCGGCCGAUGCCCGGAGCCCACACAGUCACCCUGCAGUGUCCUGCUUUGUUGGUGGUUGGGGACAGUUCUCCUGCUGUGGACGCUGUGGUGGAGUGCAACUCGAAAUUGGACCCAACCAAGACCACUCUCCUCAAGAUGGCAGAUUGUGGUGGCCUCCCGCAGAUCUCCCAGCCAGCCAAGCUUGCUGAGGCCUUCAAGUACUUCGUGCAGGGCAUGGGAUACAUGCCCUCAGCCAGCAUGACCCGCCUGAUGCGCUCCCGCACGGCCUCUGGCUCCAGCGUCACAUCCCUGGAGGGUGCCCGCAGCCGCUCCCACACCAGCGAGGGCGCCCGCAGCCGCUCCCACACCAGUGAGGGUGCUCGCCUGGACAUCACCCCCAACUCUGGAGCCACCGGCAACAAUGCCGGGCCCAAGUCCAUGGAGGUGUCCUGCUAGACGGCCUGCACCUUGGCCGCCCCUGGACUCUGGGCUCACGCAGCUGCCCUUCCUCCGGCCCUUCCUGCCCCCGCCUGCCACACCACACAUAACUCGUAUUAACCCAAAGCUUAUGGUGUAAGAGAGCUCUGGGGGGGACACACUUAGACUGGGUUUGUCAGGGGCACCUUUCCCAGCAGGGCAAGGUGGGCGGACCAAAGGAAAAGAAGCAUCUCGGUGUCCUGUGCUGGUUGACACGUGGCCCACUGGACCACCCUCUUACCCUCCCUCAGAGACAUCAAACUGCCAAAAACAAGACCCGCCGCCCUAAACACUUCCUAAGCCCAGGCCUAGGCUGACCCCGGCAUCCUGGUCCUAGAGGGUGUUGUGUUGGGAGCCCAGCCUCUCUACUUCCUGUUUUCCUCUCCAACUAAAGAAGUGACCCAGUUUCUGGAAACAGAAUCUGUUCUGAUUUGGGGAGGGGGAGACCUGCGGGUUGGGGGCAGCUCCUUUAGCUCCGCGGCACGGAGAGCGGGGUGCAGGUGGAAUUUAUGUGGAGGCUAGACUGCCUGGGAAACCAAAUCUGUAUAGUUGAGUUGACCCGAAGACGUAGAUUUUUCAAGUUCGCAUAUAUAGCCACUUUUUAAUGCCGAAACACACGAGCCUAUUUUUUUCUGGCGUCCUUCCAAUGGACAGUGAAAGCGGGCAGCAAAUUCUCCAGGCUUUCCAGAGAUGCAGCCUCAGCCAACGUUGGUUAUCGUGGCCUUCGAGCCUUGGGCUCUGCAGGCUGUCUCCUCCUCCACGGCCCCGACUUUCUACCCCAAAGACGUGAGCGAUGAUUCUGUUCAUGGGGAAGACCACUGAGGUCCCUGCUUGCUGGCUUUGCAACGGAGGGAAACAUUCCAAGCAGCUGCACCUGGCUGUGAUGAGUCUCCUUGCAGUGGGGGUGGGGGGUGGGGUGGGGGACCGGGAGUGGGUGGGGGUGGCGGGUUAUCUGGGCUAUUCGAUGUAAGGGAUUUCUGUGGUUGUGAUGGGAUCCAGUGCAGUCGUGAUUUCAGUCCAUCCUGAAAUUCCGGGUUCCCAGGAAUCUUGUGUGAUUGAGUUAAAUCCAGCUUCCGAUCUUUGACAAGCGGGGUCGAAUCUGAACUUGACGGCCGAACGUUUCUGACCCGGUAACGUCGCUGGAUCUCUGGGUAGAACUGUUCGCUCUUGCAGGGGGGCGUGGGGGACUCCCACGGGGAGCGUUGGCUGAGAAGAUGAAAGGAUUCUGGAAUAUCCCACGGGAUUUCCUUCCCUCUCCUGCCUGCCUUCCCCUCUUCCCUGCCCCUCUAACCUUUUGCUGAGUGGGGCGGCACCACUGACAUUUCUGGGCAACGUCGGCGUCGCUGUCAAGUUCCUGUACUACUGGCUUUUGAUUUUCAUUUUGGCUAACCAUGGAUCUUCUUAUAGGAAGUUUGAUCUGAGGGGAUGAAUCAUUGUGAAGAUCAGCCGCUGGGGCCUGGUGCUUUCCGGGACCCUCGAGUUGGGAGGAGGACGUAGUCAUGGCUUCCAGGUAGCUGAAGGGGCAGUGACUCAGUUGACUGCUCCUACCACCUGGACGCCUCCCCUGACCCGUGCCGAAGGGUCAGGGGUCAGGGCAGGAGUGGCUGAAUCGAGACAGGAAAACUGUGUGUACAAGUCUUUCCAGAGAAGUUUCUUAAUCAGAUAUUUGUAUUUAUUUCCAGACCAAUAAAUUUGUAACUUUGCA